GGUUUAAAUCAGCUUAUGACCAAAGACCGGCGAAGAAAAUUCAGUUGAAAACCCAUUCGCGCCACUCCAGUGUCAGCUCCAGUCCUUCGACGGUCGCAUCACAUCGACCGUUAAGGACGUUCAAGAGUAGGAAACAAGCGCCACGCAGGAAUAGAUUAACAGAAAAUUGCUUAAAACUCUCUAGGGCUUUUUGAUCAGAAGAGAUAGGGUUCAUCCUCUUCUUAGGGUUUUGUAGUGGUUUAGGCGGAAUAGAAAAAGGGUCAGUUUCAUCUUUAAGCAAAGAGCAAAGACUUAGCGCUGCUUGCAUACAUUUUUGUUUGCCAGGACUCGUUCUUUCUAUCUCCGCUUAUUUUUUGUUACGAAAUAUUAGUCUGAAUCUACUAAAUCCAUUGGUUCAUAAGAAAUUUGGAGUACUGUGUAGGUAGAGUUCGGUUGUCUUUUGGAGAAAUAUGUUCCCUUUACAACCUUCGUUUCCCCAUAUGCCCAACAAAAUGCAGACUGAAGGAGGCAACAAUCCGGGUGCCCAACAGGUUAUUAUGCCUAAUCCUUGUCUCACAAAUUCGAAUAAUUUAUUGGGUAACCCUCUUGCCCACCAAUUCCCAUGUUCCUCUUGUGCUUGCCACAAUCAGUUAGCUUUCAGAAAUCCCCAGUGCCCAAUGCCAUUUAAUAAUUUAACUACUCAUUUAAAUAAUUUAAAUGGAAAUGUUGUGGCUAUGCCUAAUGGUUCACCUAUGGUGCCUUCUCCUUGUUUGAUAAAUGGGGUUAACCAUUGCUUUCCGGUUCAAAAUAGUCAUCUGGGUAUGCCUACUUUUGGUUCUCCUUCUCCUUAUCAACAUCUUGCUCAAUCCCAUGGGCAGCUUUUUCCACAAAAUGCCCCGCACAAUUUUAAUCCUAUUGCAGCAUCUCCACUUCGUGGGCAUCCAUCCUCUAAUUUACCACAGAACUUAAAUCAGAUGGCACCAUCUCAACCACAUGGGCAGUUGUUUAUGCACAACAACCCACAAUUUGUAAGCCAGAUUAUGCCUAUGCGGCCAUAUGCAGCUGCAACUAUUCCUGGUGGGGGGCCCUGUCCUCAAAUUCCUCAACAUUUGAACCCACUUGCGGGUUUCCCCCAGAAUCAAAUGCAAAAUGUGAACCAACAUGCACCCAUGCAAUGCUCGCAAAAUUCUGUGAAUCCAAUUCAAGUUUCUCAUGAUUUGCCUCUUUGUUCCAAUGCUUCAUUGGGACAAAUGAGUCAAGCAACUCAGAUCCUAGGUAAUCAGAACCCUACUUUCCUCAUGAACCCACAGUUGGGAAUGAUGAACCCAUGUGAAGUAGCACAACAAAAUAAACAAGAUCAUUUGUCUGGUCCACCUACCAUCGGUCAGAAUUGCUUGCAAGAGACACCAAUUGCUUCUCAACAUUUACAAGGAAUUUCGUCACUUGCUUGUGGUCUAGCCCAACAGCAACAAUCCCAGAUGAAUUUGCAAUCAGUCAAUCUCCAGAAGUCACAGGGGAAUCAUGCUAAAGGCAGAGAAAAUCAUAUCCCAAACACCAUCCAGGGGAAUCCUGAAAGCAAGAACUUCAGAAGGAACUAUCAUGAAUCUUGGAAAAGAGAUUCAGCACAUCCCAAGUUCCAGAAAUCCAGCAAUCAUCCCAUGGCAACUGCAAAGGGAAACUUCAGGACUUUUAACAGGCAACGGGGAAAAGGAAGUGGCAAUGAGGGAGUGAGAAAAUCUCAUCCAGCUAAUUCUACCAAACAAGCCAAAGUGGAAUGUAAAAGGUUUAUUCCUUUGAACUACACGGAACAAGAAAUCCAACAAUGGCGUGAAGCACGCAAAAGGAACUACCCGUCCAGAGCUAACAUUGAGAAGAAAUUGACUGAGAAAGCUGAAAAUGCUGAAGUUACUGAUAGAGAUGCCAAAGCAUUCCGUCAGCAACUAAAGGAAAUUCUUGCAAAGCAGGCUGAGUUGGGUGUUGAAGUUGCUGAAAUACCCCCGGAAUAUCUGUCAGAGCCGGAUAGGCAGGUUUGUGAAGGGGAAGAGGACAAAAAGGUGUUUGCUAAGAAAGGGAGAUUACGAAAUCAUGGUAAAAGAGGAAGAUAUGGUCAAGAUCGCCGGUUUGCUAAGAAGCAAAAGUUAGAAGGCAAGGAUUUAUCUAAUAAACCUGCUUUGAAGAUGAGUAAACCGACUCUUUUGCAGAAGCUUCUUAGUGCAGACAUUAAGAGAGAUAAGAGUCAUCUCUUACAAGUGUUCAGGUUCAUGGUGUUGAAUUCUUUCUUCAAAAAUUGCCCUGACAAGCCUUUGGAGUUCCCAUCAGUUAUAGUUAAAGACAUGGUGAGUGAGAAGGAAGUUAUUGAGAAACCUUCACAUCAAACAAAUGAUGAUCUUUUGGUCAGUAAGAAUUCCAUAAUUCAGGAAUUGCAAGGUACAAAUGAUCAAUUGGCAGAUAACGGAGAUGAUGGUGAUGGCAGCAGUGACGAUGAUGGCAAACAUGAUGUUGAGGUUGAAAAUAUGGCUUAUAAGCAUGUAGGAAAGAGAGAUUGUGCCAGAGAGGAGCUUGAGAAAUCUGAGGCAGAAGAGGGAGAAAUUAUAGAUUAGACUGGAGAAAUGAUUUCUUAGUUGUAUUGUAUUAGUCUCUAUACAGUUUUUAAUUUACUGCAAGGAAAAUGUUUUUGCCAUAGCAACUGAAUGGGGAUGAUCACUUGUUUCUUUAUGACAGCAGUUGGGGACGUUUUCUCUCAACCCCUUGGUUAUUUUAUCUUGAA